AUGACAGGGCCAUUGGCAUCGUUUGCACGAACGCGGCCUGGUGCGCAGGACGAUGAAGUGCUUGCGUCGAUGUAUGCGGACUUGAGUGGGCCGCAAGCGAGCGAUCCCGCCUCGUUCCGCUCGCGCGUGGCAUGGUGGCGCGAUACGCUCGCGGAGGCGAGUUGGCAGGCCGUGGAAGGCGCUGGGAGCGUGCUCGUAGCCCACAUGGACGACCACACGUCGACGCGGUGGGCUAGUCCGCAGAUCGGACGGCCGGUAUGCCUGUCGAUCGUCGUAGACACACUCGCACAGCAAGGCGAGUACGUUCGUGUGAACGAGUUUCUUACGCGGCCGGCCGCGCGUGGAUGGACACAGACCUUGCGUACCUACGUCGUGCGCCCCGCAUGGCGAUGGCUUACAGCGCGGGACGAAGAGGAUGACGAGGCUACGUGGCCGAAGAUCGUAGGCGACUGGGUCAUUCGCGCCAAUGUCGAGCGCGCGGCGCAUCUGUACUUGGCCCAAUGCGCCACGCCCACGAGUCUGGUGGAUGCGGUCAUGACGCAGGCGGAUCUGGAGGCGCAGAUACGUACGCUCACGACGCACGACGGCCAAGUGCUCCCAUGGACACCCACGGACAUCCGCCUCUUAUGCACGUACUUGGAGCGCGAUGCCAAGGCCCUGGUCCGCCAGGACGAUACGAUAAAGUGGAUUCAUCACACGACGUUCACACCGACGAUCGGCGAGCAGGAACAUGGCAUCAUGGAGCUGAAGCGGGCGCAAAAGCAACUGUCGCAGCAGAUUGACACGUUGGAAUCGCGCUUGGACAACGCACGCGCGUCCCUCCAGCGCGCCGUGCAGACCAAGCAGCCGGAAAGCGUCGCACUCUCGUACUUGCGCACGAAGAAACAGAUGGAAGAGCUGCUGACCAAGCGCGUAGGCGCCUUGCAAACCGUCCAGCAGCUGCUUGUCAAGCUCGAGCAGGCCGUGGGCGACGCUGCGAUCAUGCAGACGUACGAGACGUCGGCCAAGACGCUGCGUGCCAUUCUCUCCGAUCCGGCCCUGCAGCAGGACCGCGUCGAGAAGACUAUGGACGCGCUCUCAGACGCCCUCGCCAUGCAGGACGACGUACAGACGGCUAUGACCACCGCUGCGCCGCCCACCGACAUCGACGAAGACGAGCUCGCAGCCGAGCUGGAGGCCUUGACGAUCGAGAAGCAGCAGGAGCAGGAGCAGGCGCAGGAGCAGGCGCAGGCGCAGGAGCCAGCAGCGACGACGCUGCCGUCGGCGCCACAGCAUACGCCAGCAUCCGCGACGCGUGUCUCGCACAAAGAGCUUGUCUAUGAAAACAGUGCAUGA